CCUUGCCGGUUUGUCGCAGGGUCUUCCCUUUUCUCUCGCCAGUUCUUCCUCAGUCUUAACUCCAGUGUAUAAGCUCGAUUUUCGCUCGGAAUUGGGUGGAUAUGGUGAGAAAACAUGGCUGGCAACUGCCAGCUCAUACAUUUCAGGUUGUGGCUAUCACUGUAUUCUGCUUCUUGGUGGUUGCUUUCUAUGCUUUUUUUGCACCCUUUGUUGGAGGUCAUCUUUGGGAGUACAUCUUCAUUGGUAUUUACUCUCCAGUGGCACUCGUCGUUUUUAUUCUUUAUAUCAGAUGUACUGCGAUUAAUCCCGCAGAUCCUGGCAUCAUGUCUAAAUUUGAUCCAAGUGUGGAACACAAGAUCAAUUCAGACCAUCAUUUAGCAAUGAAGCACCAACCUUCAGAAAAUGAUGAAAUUGCUGCUGGCGAGCAGUCAUCUCCAUCAUCAUCUAAAAGGUCUAUGACUAAUAUGAGCAAGAAAAGCUCUGUGGACUAUCUUGAUAGAGAAGAUAUCUCGGGGGAUCACAAUAAGAGAAGUUCAUGUAAUGUACUUGGUGGAAUUCUCUGUAUAUUAUUUGUGCAUGAAGAUUGCCGGAAACAGGAAGCAGCAGCUGAGCAGCAAGGUGGUGAAGAUGCUCUGUUCUGCACUUUGUGCAAUGCUGAGGUGCGGAAGUUCAGUAAACACUGUAGAAGUUGUGAUAAAUGUGUUGAUGGCUUUGAUCACCAUUGUAGGUGGCUUAACAAUUGCGUGGGUCACAAAAAUUAUAUUACUUUCAUUGCUCUCAUGGCCUUUAGUCUCAUGUGGCUUGUUAUUGAAGCUGGAGUGGGUAUUGCUGUUUUAGUCCGCUUCUUUGUUAAUAAGAGAGGCAUGGAAUCCGAAAUUAUUGAUAGACUUGGAAAUGGAUUCUCUCGUCCUCCGUUUGCAACAGUUGUGGCUGUAUGUACUGCAGUUUCUGUCUUGGCUUGCGUGCCUCUGGGUGAGCUUUUCUUUUUCCACAUGAUACUAAUCAGGAAGGGUAUCACAACCUAUGAGUAUGUAGUAGCAAUGAGAGCCAUGAGUGAAGCCCCUGGAGGGGCAUCUGUGGAUGAGGAAAUGGCAAAUGUACUUUACUCUCCAACUGGUUCUGCUACAACUGGAUUGAGUGGAGGAAGUUUUGGUUUGCAGUAUAAAGGGGCAUGGUGCACCCCUCCUAGAGUGUUUGUGGAUUAUCAGGAUGAGGUUGUGCCUCACUUGGAGCCUGGAAUGUUGCCAUCAACUGUUGAUCCAGAUGCAGCCGGGAUGGCGGAAAGAGGGCAAAAAAUGCCAAAGAGGGCUGUUCGUCUCAGUGCCUGGAGGCUUGCAAAGUUGGAUUCUCAAGAAGCCAUGAAAGCAGCUGCCAAAGCCAGGGCAUCUUCUUCAGUUUUGCGGCCAGUUGAUAAUCGCCGCUUGCCAGAUUCAGAAUUCAGCUCUAGUGGCAACAUGAGCAUCAGGAGUAGUUUGAGCACAGAGAAUGGUGCUAACAAAGAAAUCAAGAAUGAGCUGCGAUCAUCUCCAGUAAGAAAUUCUAUUGCUCCUAGUCAGGGUAGUCGGGAUGAGUAUGAGACUGGAACUCAAAGUAUGAGUAGCUUUAGCAGUCCAAGCCAUGCUCAUGAAGCAGUUACGCUGAGCCCUCUUCCCCACAGUCGUGCUGUGGGUGGUUUUAGUGCAGGUGCCUCAGUUCCUGGCUUGACAGUUUAUCCUACUUCUAAAGCCACUUUCUCAAAUUUUAACAACCCAGUAGCAUCUAAUCCAUCUCUGGGAUUUGAUGGAAGAUUGACGCAGAGGGGAGUCAGUAAUGAUCCAUUAUUGCUUUCAGCUUCUGGCACGUCUCUUUUGAGAGAUGUAAAACGAACUUCUGUUGUCUGGGACCAAGAAGCUGGCCGAUAUGUAUCAGUUCCUUUAUUGGCCUCUGAGGCUCGAAAUAAUAGGUCUUCGCUACGAACAGAAUUGCCACAUUCAAAUGCUGAAACAAACACUUAUGGGAGAAGACCAGCGAAUCCUCCACAAGACUCAUCAUCAUCAUCUAUUCUCAGGUCUUCAGUGCAGCAAUCACAAAAUCUGAUGUACACAGGAGACUCUAUCUUUUUCGGUGGCCCUCGCUUGAGUGUCCCUGUUAGGGACAGGUCAAAAAAUGAAAGAUCAACUGACUCAACAGAGGCCCAAGAGAGCUCAGCAGGUAACCUACCCCGGGAUCCUAGAUACAAAAGGGAUUCACUCUCAAAUCAGCUUCCUGUGUUCAUCCCCGGAGGUUUUGAUCACAAUUUUCCGUCUGGUUCUGGCUUAAAAUAGCUUCAAACGUUUGAGAUUCCACUGAAUUGGACAGAUCUUCAAUCUCAGUGUUGUGAAGUGAAAGGUUUUGGCAUCAGAAGGUUCUAUUUGGGGCAUCUCAAGCUUCCUGACUUUGUGUAACACACGGUGGACAACAAUGGAUUCAGGCAGUUCCGGUUGGAUUCUUGAUUAGUGGAUUCUGCUCCUCUGCCCUUAGCACUCCACUAAGCCUGAAUCCUCCUAAUGGAAUUUAGCUUAUUGUUGUAGUUAAUUUUUUCUCUCUCUCUAGAUACCAUUGUCUUUAUUUACUCCUAACAUUGUCCAUAAACAAAACUGUUUUGUACAAGGUAAUGUGUUGUUCUCUCUUGUAUUGGAUGUACAAUCCGUAGUAGGUUAUUUAUCUCAUGCCACUUGAUUUAGGGCACA